UGAAGUAUCCGUCAGUUGUAUAAGAAUAUUAAUAAUUUCACAUUUCAUUUAAGACAUCCUCUUUCAGGAGAAGGUCAGGGGGAUCCCAAUUGGAAAGGCUGGAGCUCCAGGUUGCGGUCUGGUUCCGCUUUAUAUCCGCACGUUAUCGUGAACAUUGCAGCAGCUAGUCGGUGCAGUAGUGCAUCGAACAUCGAACCCUGCUUUUAUGCCAUUAAGCCCAUGACAUACUUUAAAUGUGUCUAGAAAAACGCCAAUAUAUAUCACUUGGUCAGAUAUAAAGGCCAGACAGUACCAGAAAUCCGCGUCCAAUGGCGGGAAACCACCUUGCGCAAGAUGAACAGAUAGUGACCAUUCUGCUCCUCGGAGACCCAGGAUGUGGAAAAACGACAUUCCUAUCGAGCUUGAUAUCCAAUCUUCGUAGAUACCAAGGUCAGGGACACAGUCAAGGGAAUCUUGAUCGAGAAACCCUCCUACGAGACAGUGACCAGCCAUUUAUCUACGAUAUCCGUUUCUCCAAAAGGUCAUUCACGCUUGAAGUAUAUGACACCGCGAGUCCCAACCAACAUUGGUCUACCUUGCAACCCGACGUUAUACUUCUGGCAUUUGAUAUUUCGAACAGAGAUACCUUGAACAAUCUUCGAAAUUGGCGAAAUGAUAUCACCAGAUACUUCCAGAAUGGAUAUGGCGAACGCAUUCCCAUUAUGUUGAUUGGGUUCAAGAGAGACCUGAGGGUGGAAGGUGAUGGUAUCAUAUAUCCUCAAGAGUCGUAUCGGAUUGCGCAGGAACUUCGAUGUGAUCGGUAUGCGGAGUGCUCUGCUGUCACUGAGGAACUCUUACCAGAGACGUUUGAAGAUAUUGCUCGGCUUGCUGGAAUGACGACCACGGCGGCUGGGGGCCAGACUGCUGGAGCUUGUGUUAUUCUUUAGUAAAUGUGAUACCCUCAUUCCAGCUAACAAUGGAAGUCAUUUAGAUAUGCGAUAUGUUCAUUAUAAUUUGUUGGCUAUAUAUUAAUGGUGCAUCAUGCCUGAUGAUGGCUGCCAAAAACUUCCGAGUGAUACGUAACGGCACUAGCACCACUAAUAUGAUCAUGGGCGUCUACUUUGUUCUUUAUGACCUACGUCUACUGUCGACUACUACUAGAGACCACACUUAUA